GAUUGAUUAGUCAGUUGUUGGCUUACCAUUACAGUUAUGGGAAAUUUCGGGUAAAAAAAUAGUUUCAACAUCUCCAGACCAAUAAAUUUUAAAGAUUGUCUUGAGAAAGGGUUAAAUGUAAUUCUGAAUCGGUUGAUUUUCAAUGUUGCUCUUGAACUUUAAAAAGAAAAGACUUUCGUUUCGAUUGGAAACGAAAGAAAAAGCAUUGAGCUAAUACAUGAUGUACAUGCAUGAUGGGAAAACAUUGAUGAGAAGAUUUAAGUUGAUCAUUAUUAAUCAAUCAUUUCAAUGGUAGCUUUGAACGUCUUUGGUUUAAAUCGUGAUUCUUUGAAUGUUGUCUUAUAAAGAGAAUCAAAAAUACAAGUUGAUCGAAACUCGGAAUAAGCCAGGGAAUAUGUAUUAAUAAAAAGGUAAACAAGAAUGAAUGCGAUUCUUGAUUUCCCUUCUUUUUCAUCAAUUUAAUGACUAUUUUUUGUCUUCUUUUGAACUUGAUCAUGACAAAUGAAAACUUAGUUGAACCAAAUAAAAUAAAAUUUGAGUUGAUCAACAAAAGAAAGUACGUUGAGUAAGGAAGAAAAAUAAUUGAGGGAAUCGAUUUUUGAAUAAAAGAAACUUUUCCUAAACAACUUUAAAAAUUACCUUCUGAUUAUUUUUUUAGGUGGAAAUGAAACAGUGACACUGAUCAGUACAUUUGAACAAUUAUGACAAGUAUUGUUUCUGAAUCAGUCGACAAUACGUUGACCAAAAUUGAAACUCUGGACGCAAAGGAAGAAAUUGAUUCAUCUGGUGAGGGCGACAUUGAAUCUGAUAUUAACUGUGAAGUGAACGAAGAGAAAAAAGACGAAAUUGGUCAAGUUGAAAGGAAUAAUAUUAUUAAUGAGCGUGAAAAUAAUAAGAUGACCUCACCAAGAAUAUUUGACGCUUUGAAGGUGACAACGGGCAAGGGUUUGACUGAUGGUUCAAUUAAUGGACCAGCCAAUGAUACCAGUGAUCAUCAACAAAAAAAUCAUUCAAGAAUUAUUGAAGUUCCGAUGGAAGAAACGAAGAGCUUUACAAUCUCUUGGAACCAAUUGACUUAUCGUGUAAAAAUGUCCACUUUUGAAAAGGUAAUCAACAAAGUACGUGGGAUUAAGUAUACUACAGAUUCACGGACCAUCUUACGAUCAGUACAGGGAUCAUUUUCUAGUGGCAUGUUGACUGCUCUUAUGGGUCCAAGUGGUGCUGGUAAAUCUACUUUACUUGAGUGCAUCGCUGGAAUGAGGAUAAAGGGUUUAGAGGGUAAAAUAAGGUGUGUUGGUCGUGACAAAAUAUCCAUUGCGUUCAUUCCGCAACAUGAUCAUCUGUAUGGCUUGUUAACUGUCCGGGAAGCUUUGAUUUAUGCUUCAGAGCUUCAACAUUCACGUACCAUAAAUGGCGUUAAAACAAACUUGAACAAAACUGAUCACAUGAAUAUUGUUGAAUCAAUACUUCGCCAGCUUAACCUAGAUACUUGUGCCGACACGAAAAUCGAUCGAAUCAGUGGAGGCCAAUUGAAGCGAGUGUCCAUUGCUCAGGAAUUGGUUUCUCAUCCGGAUAUAUUGAUCAUGGAUGAGCCAACAUCUGGUUUGGAUUCAUCAACGUGUUAUCAAUUAAUGGAAAUGUUGUCCAAUUUAACCUCAUCAUCACCCAUUGCCAUUGUUAUGACCAUUCAUCAGCCCUCGGCAAAGGUGUUCAACAUGUUCCACAAGGUUUACAUGUUAUCCCGGAUUGGUAAAUUUAUUUACGAGGGUUCACCUGAUGGUGUUGUUGCAGCACUGAGUCAGCACAACAUUAACUGUUCACAAUUUUAUAAUCCAGCUGAUUUGCUUGUUGAAGUAGCAUCAGGUGAUUAUGGAUCUGAGGUUAUACACUCAAUGGCAGCCAAUGUGGACAAUAAUCAAAACGAUUCAAAUUUUGGUCCAACCUGGUUAGCUCGUUCACUACCAUUAAUCAAUUCACAAGGCGGAGAUGUGACCAAAUCAUCACCAAUUGAAGAACCAGAAGAUUUCACAUCACUAAAUGCAUGUCGUGUUCGUCCAGUUGCUCCAUUUACUCAACACUUUUUAAUCCUUUUAUCAAGACAAUUCUUGGUAAUGGUUCGUGAUCCCUUAUUAGGAGUAUUACGUUUCGUGUUUGCUUUUAACAUAGCAAUAACACUUGGAACACUUUACAGAGGUAUCGGCGUUUACGAUGGCUGUACACCAGAUAUAAGGGAUAAGGCUGACUUGGAUCACAUAGAUGAAGCUAAAGACGCCAUAGAGGAGCAAAUAAGAUCAACUCAGGAUAACAUUGGAUCAUUGUACUUCUUAUUACUUUACUCUUGUCUUGCUAAUCUAAUGCCAAUGGCUGUUGCUAUUCCAAUGGAGAUUAAAAUAUUUGCUAAAGAAAGGUACAACGGCUGGUACAAGACAAGCUCAUAUUACAUGGCUAAGGGAUUAGCCGAAGUACCAUUCAUCAUGGGAACCAACUUGGUUGUUGUGACGCUACAAUUCUUUUUCACUAAUCAGCCCUGGCCCAGGUAUUUCGAUACUCUUCUAGUCUAUUUCCUUGUCUCUAUAGUCGCACAAACUCAUGGGAUUAUGUGUGGUGCUUUCCUCAUGAAUAAUAUUGUCGCCUCGGUGUUUACAGCUCCAAAUACUACAGUUCCACUGAUACUUUUCUCUGGUUUCUUUAUUCGUCAAAAGGCAAUGCCAAUUAUUUUCCGUUAUGCUUCUUAUUGUUCAUAUUUACGAUUUGGUUUUGAAGGAUUUAUAACUGCGCUAUUUGGCUUUAACAGAUGUGACCCGAAGCUAACUCGAGCAAUGGUCAAUGCCCGUAAUCAGUUGGGAUUUUUCUUGAAUACAAUGUUCAGGAUGGCUCGAUUUGCGCUUGCUGAAAGUAAUGAUGAACCAGAAGAUUUAAGACUAAAAAAUCAAACCAGUGACUUGACUCGUAAUAUCUUACAUGGUAUUGGUGGACGUUGGUUCAAUGAGGAGAAUCAAUCAGGAGCAAUGGCCUAUUAUGAUUUAGAUGAUUCCCAUUUUUCUAGAUCCAUUUAUGCACUCAUAAUAACUCUUGUUAUUGGACGUGUUCUUACUUAUUACAUUCUCAAGUGGAGAGGCAAUUUGCAAAAAUAAUGACCAAAUAACUAGUUAUUUCAGAUGUUGACCAUUCCUCACAAAUAGAUUUACCACUAAUUUGUUAGUCGCCCAUAACUUAAUAUAUUGGCGUGUAAAAAGCUUGGAUACUCUGAUCUGGACUAAAAGUUCUUGAUUUAAUAUAUAUUACUGUGAUUCGCUCAGAUCAAGUAUUAUCAGAAAAAAUAUUGGAAAAUUGAUUUUGAAAGUCAAAUUUUAAUUUACAAGAUUAUCUCGAUAAUAAUAAUCAAUCGAGAAGGAAGGAUUGCUUGAAAGCUUGUUGCUAAUUAUAUACUUGAUGCAUAUUGAUUGUGUAUUGAUUCCUACUAAGGCAUAAAAUUGAAGCAAGAAUUUAAUUGACUGAGCAAAUCACUAUUAUAGAAGCUAUUUAUUUAACCUAUUUUCCGAUAAUUUUAGGAUUAACUAAUUAUUGCAAAAUUUACUCCCAAUUUGUAAGUUAUAUCACGGAAUUAUGUUUAUUUGAUAACCUAAAUAGUUUCUCAAUUUGCUUGGAAUCGAUUAUUUACUAAACAAUUUAGAUUUAUGCAUAAAUUUUCAUAGAUCAUAUAUGAUGUGAUUGCUCAUUAAAUUGGUUUAAUUUCCUUCAUCAAUAAAAACAAAUAUUAAUGUUUUUGAGUAUGCA